AUGCCUGUGCUGACAUUACUAGAAGCUGUAAGGAAUUGGUGCAUGAAAAGGAUAGGUUCUAGGUUUGAUAAAGCAAUUGAUAUGGAACCUAAUGAGCUAACAGAGUAUGCUAAAGGGGUUUUGGAGACAAGGAGUGAUGAGUCUAGGUUCUGUCAUAUGACAACAGCUAGUGUUGGAGAAUUUAAAGUCAGGGAUGGCCAUGUCAAGUUCCCUGCCACACUUGGGAAUAUGACCUGUGGGUGUGGGAAAUGGCAAGGAUCAGGGAUACCAUGCAAGCAUGGUCUCAGGGUCAUUUACAGCCAAAGACUUGAACCCAAGGAUUUUGUGUCACCAUACUUCAAGGGGGCUGCAUAUAAGCUGACUUAUGCAAACCACAUCCACCCCAUGGCUGAUCCAACUCACUGGCCAACACUUGAUGUGCCUGAAAUUACACCACCAACUGUCAAAAGAAGUGCAGGCAGACCAGCUAAGUAG